AAAAUAUAAACAAGAUAAUUAGAAAUAUACAUUUUUCUAGUAUGUAUCAUACAGUCUCCCAAUUAUAAUGGGAAGUCAUGAUGCCAAUCACUAAAAAAAAAGUCCUUUUAUGUACUGGAGCUUUAAAUGAAACUAAUAAUACUGAAAAUCAGUAUAAAAAAUCUUUAUUAGAAAGUGGUUUUGAAUGUGAAAUCUUACAAGUAUUACAUUUUGAAUUUAUUAAUCAAGAUGAAUUACAGAAGCAUUUACUCGAUGCAGAAUCCUAUAGCGGUCUAAUAUUAACAAGUCCAAGAGCAGCUGCAGCAAUAGCCAUGUUAAAAAUACAAAAUCCAAUUUGCAUCGAGCCUUGGUUAAAAUUACCCACAUUUUGUAUUGGACAAGCUACCGAAUUAAUUACAAAAGAACAAAUUGGAUUAAGUUAUAUUCUUGGAAGUGAUUCUGGAAAUGCUAAAAAUCUUGGUAAUUUUAUUAUUAACACUUGGAAAAAAAACUGUAAAAAACCCUUACUACUGCCAUGUAGUAAUAUUGCUAAAGAUACAAUUUUAAAAAUGUUAUCGGAAGAAAACAUUAGUGUUAAAAAAAUUGUUAUAUACAAAACAAAAGUUCAUGAUUCUUUGAAAAAAUCAGUACAUGAAGCCUUGAUACAGUUGCCACAAGUAUUAGUCUUCUUUAGUCCUUCAAUUGUAGAAAAUAUAAUUAUAGCUAUAAGUAAUGAAAUAAGUAUUCUUCAAACAUAUAAAAUUGUUGCUAUUGGGCCUGUAACAGAACAAGCUUUAUUAAAUUUUAACAUUACAGUUCAUGGAGUAGCUGAAAAACCAGAACCAAAAGCUUUGACUAAGAUCAUUAAUAAGCUGUUUAUUGAUUGAGUUUUAUUCUUUAACUAAUAAAUUAUAACAAAGAUAUUUUAUAUUAUAUACUUUAUUUUUAGUA